GUUUGCCGCCGUGCUCAAAGGAACGCCCUCCUUUGUUUAACGCUUACGGUGUCUACGCUAUGUUGUUGCAAAUGUACCUGUGAUUUCGCUAGCAAGCUGCCCAACGUUUCUCCUCUAAAAAUGUCUAAAAUAGAGUUUUUGAGAGUGUUUCUCAACCAGAGAUUGACAAUGGCAGCUGAGGAGAUAUUCGGCGUCGUUGAAGAAACAAUAGCAGAGUACCAGGAAGAGAACAGCCGUCUGCGUAGCAUGCUGGAUAUCGUUAUUAAACCAGAUAUACUAUUACACAGAAUAGACAUCCAACAGCCCACUCACCCUGUAUCUGAAAAGGUGUUCCCUGAGCAGCAACACUGUGAGCAGGAGUGGAGCCCCAGUCUGGGGCAGGAAGACCCACAUUACAUACAGAUAAAAGAGGAACCGGAGGAACUAGAGUCAUCUUUGAAAAAUGACUCCAACCACCAGGACCUGACUCAGUCCUCACUUCUUUAUGAAACCCAAAGUGAAGACUACGAAGAGACGUACUGUCUUCCCAGCACCUCGACUGCACAGAGGAACUACUCUCUACACAGCACAUCCACUGAACAGAACAUGAUACAGAUCAAACCAGAACUUGAUGCAGAAGACAAUGGAGUAUCAGAACCAUCCCGUGAGUCUCAGCCCCUCUUUGCAGAAGAUACAGAGUCUUCUGCAGCUCAGAGUAAAAACAUGAAAUGUGUCAAAGGGGUAGAGAGUAGACCUCUGUCAGGUUCAAAGCCACUUAAAUCCAAGAGAUCACCAUCAAAGAGAUCACAGACAGUAAGAAAACAAAGUGCCUAUAUCCACUGUAAAUUUUGUGGAAUGUAUUUCUCCUACUUAGCUUCUUUAGUGAAUCAUGCAAGAAAGCAUGCACAGGACAAAGAAUGUCUAUGUGGUGUGUGUGGAAUACACUUAGAGUCCACAGAAAGCAUGUUAGAUCAUAUAGAAACCCACGUUGGAGCUAGAGUUUGUCAUGUUUGUGGUACAUUUUUCCCUGGGAGUGCUGAGCUGAAUGAUCAUAUGAAGGUUCACCCAGGGGAGAAAUCGUUUCGCUGUCCUGAUUGUGGCAAGUGUUUCAGAAAAAAUCCAGAUCUCACAGCGCACAAGAGGAUUCAUACAGGGGAGAGACCGUACCGCUGCCAGUUUUGUGGCAAAGGAUUCAGUCAGAGUGGAAACCUGGCUGUGCAUAUGAAGAGCCACUCUGGGGAGAAACCGCAUUGCUGCCCUGUUUGUGGGAAAUGUUUCAGCAGUAAAUCUUAUAUGAACACACACAUGAAGAUUCACACAGGGGAGAGGCCAUUUUGCUGUCGUUUAUGCGGAAAAUGUUUCAUAAGAAACCCUGAUCUGACAGUUCACAUGAGGACUCAUACAGGGGUGAAACCAUAUAAGUGCCAAUAUUGUGGCCAAGGAUUCAAGCAGAAUUAUCACCGGAAACUGCACAUGAAGAUCCACUUGGGAAAAACCAUAUCAUUGCCGUCUUUGUGACAUGUAUUUCAGCACUAGCACCCAGUCAACACGCAUGAGAUUUCACAUGGAAAGAAGGCGUCACUGCCAUGAUGCAGA